UAUGUGACGGACAGGAAAGUGCUAGAAAGGUCAUCACUAUAGUUGCUCUACUGCAGAAGGAAAACAAUUCGUGAAUUAAUCAUUACUAGACACAACAAAGACAGACAUAAUUAACUAAAAUGCUUGGAAGAUCUUUUUUCAGAGAAUUUGAGGAGGAUCCCUUCUUUGCUAACCAUCAUCGCCACAUGCAGCACAUGCAGACUAUGAUGCUGGAUCCGUUUGGCAUGGCAAACAACAUGCUGGGUUUUGGGGACAUGAAUCGGCAGCCGCAGCCGCAGCCGCAGCAUGAGGAGAGACAAGUGGCCCGGAUACAGAGGAGACCCAUGGAUCCGUUCGGUAGCCUGUUUGAAAACAUGUUCAUGAACACCAGGCGCAUGAUGGACGACAUGCAUCGUGCUUUUGAGCAGGUGGACACGACUGCUCACCCAAACGGCAACGCCAAUGUCUUCUCGCAGUCAUCGUUCAUGUCGUACUCCAACACCAACGGCCAGCCGAGGAUCUACCAGGCUUCAUCGUCGACCAGACAGGCCCCGGAUGGUGUCAAGGAGGUCCGUAAGACCGUGCGCGACUCGGAGAGUGGGCUAGAGAAGAUGGCGAUCGGACAUCAUAUUGGCGAUCGCGGUCAUAUGAUCGAGAGGUCUCGUAAUCGGCGCACAGGAGAAUCGGAGGAAAAUCAGGAGUUCAUAAAUCUAGAAGAAGAGGAGGCCCGGACAUUUGACCGCGAAUGGCAAGAACGGACCCAUCGCUUGAACCGGGGCGGUCUAGAACACGGCCGUGGCCCCCGUCACAACCCUCUAGCCAGCCAGAGACGAUCAACACCGGCCAUCAUGGAACGACACAGAAACUCAAGCCACCGUGACAGAGAAUAACUAUUACUGAAAUAUAAAACUGAGAACAAUGAUUGGCAAAUGGAAUGAUUUUGAUGACUAAUGGAUCCCGAUUAUUUAUUCCAUUUCACUAUACAUCGUCAUUGCAAGUUUAGUGGAUGCUGCUACCGACAUUCUUGAUCGAUUUUCCUUCUGCAUCUUGAACAGUGGAUGUUUGUUCUUUCGAUGGAUACUGGACACCAUUCAUACACGUAGCGCCUUCCAAAAUGGAUAAAUAAUAAAAUAUGUGAAUUUGUCGUGAUUUGUAUUUGAGAUCCAUGUGAUUUAGGGAGAUCUGUGCCACUUUUCCUGGAUGUAGUUUCAGUGAGCAGGUUUUAGGUUUUCAGAAAAUGACCAAAAAGUUUAAUUUACAAUGUGUCGGCGAAUCUGAAAAUGUGCAGUACACAGAAAUCUGUUUCCGUAUUCCGAGGAAGUUUGUUAUAUUAUUGUACACAGCACUAGAUAUAGAAUUAGACUAAACUAUUUUUUGUUAUUUCUCUGAAAAGUGUCUUGGGGAGAUAUAUAUUGACAAAUAUUAAAUUAUAUAUGAUACUAAACCUAAAGAUUAAAAAGUAAAAUCGAAUGUGUGGAAAUAUAUUAAAUCGUAUACAACACCAAACUUUUUUUUUCUUAUACGUAAGACACAAUAUUUGAUAGAAAUGUAUUGAAACAUGCAUGCUUCUAAAUAAAAUAAACUGUAAAAAAAUCAGCCUUCAUUUACAUGGGACAUUUCUUAUCUUGUCAUAAAUAUUGAAAAUUAAAUAAAAAUAAAAAUUGUGGAUGUAUUUUCCAAAAAAAUGAAGAGUUAACAGUAUAAAUGUUGAAUUGAUAAAAACAAAACGCCACCAAAAUCUGGUGUUAAUUCUGUAAAUUUUCUAAAUUAUUUAUAGUAUUUAAGUUUAAUUUUAAUUUAGUGCUGGUGACUCGAUAGGAAAUAUAUUUAUGAGAAUACUAUCUCAAAAUAUGCAAGGGAAGAAGUAGGAAAAUCCACAAGACGUGGUUGCCAAGUGUCCAGUUUCACUUUUCUUUUGUUUUGUAACGUAUCUGUGAAUGUUUAGGUUCAAUCUUAUGUAUUUCCAAUUGGAAUGACGCAGACUUUUGUACUUGUAGAUUUGUUGCUCACUGGAAACUAAAGUUGUAGAAAGCACUGCUGACGUUUGUGUCAGUAAACUGAGAUGGUGCGACAGUCCAGUGAACACAUCGACUAAGUCAUGUAUUAUAAUCAGUCUCUGUUCAGCUUAAUUUACCUUUCACAAUUUUGUCAAGGUAUCUUUUUGUUUUUUCUGGAUUGUCACCAGAUAGGUGAGCUACACAUUGUAUCAUUUUGAGACAAAAGUAUAUAACUUUUUUGUUUGUUUGAUCUUAAAAGUAUAACGUUUUUUUUUUUUAUCAUCUUACUUACGCCUUCUGUUUUAUUUAUUUGUUCUAUUUGUAACUUUGUUUAGGAUGUACAAUAACAAAUGCGAGUGUGGUCUGUUCUGCAACAUGUUUCUUUUGUUAGAAAUAUACGACAAAUAUUUA